CCCGGCGGAGUUUGUUGGGGGAUCCUCGCGGGCUCGGCGCGUCUCUCCCCGCAGCGGGGGCAGCUCGGGCUCCGCGCGCAACUUUUUUGGCCGGGGGUAGGAAGGGAGAGGAGAGACCGCGAGUCUGACUGGCCGCUCGGGAUGCUUCGCCCGGUGCCUGAGGGUUAGCGCGGGGCGGUGGCGCAGGGCCGGCAGCCCCUCGGAGAGGCAGAGCAGCAGCCCUGGAGGAGCCCCCCAGAGGGAAGCAGCAGCACCAAGCCCGCGAGGACAGCACCAGCCCCGACUUUCCCACCCGCAGGCCAGGCGGGAGCAGCCGCGGCGCUGAGCCGCAUCCCGCAGGCGGGAGAGCAGCCGCGGAACCCCGCCAGCGCGUCCGGCCGCAGGGGCCCAGCGCUGGUCCCGCCUCCUCCGAGAGCAGCCCCCAGCCGGGCGGGCGGAGCGCCACGGCCAGCAGCUGGCCGUCGGUGCGGGCACAGCCCAUGAGGCACCGUCGCGGCUCGGCGGGGCUGUGAGCGCCCGGCGGCAGUUGCCUUAUGCGGGGUAGGGCGGGCGGGCAGUGAGGAGGCGGCGGAGGCCAGCCCGCUGCCCAGGCACCAUGCAGAAGAGCGUGCGCUACAACGAGGGGCACGCCCUGUACCUGGCCCUGCUGGCCCGCAAGGAGGGCACCAAGCGCGGCUACCUGAGCAAGAAGACGGCGGAGACCAGCCGCUGGCACGAGAAGUGGUUCGCGCUCUAUCAGAACGUGCUCUUCUACUUCGAGAGCGAGCAGAGCGCCCGGCCCGCCGGCAUGUACAUGCUGGAGGGCUGCAACUGCGAGCGGGCGCCAGCCCCCAAGGGCGCCUCCGCCGGCAGCGCCAAGGACACCGCGCUAGACAAGCAGUACUUCUUUACUGUUGUCUUUGGCCAUGAAGGGCAGAAGCCACUGGAGCUCCGUUGUGAGGAAGAAAGUGAUGGAGAUGAAUGGGUAGAAGCUAUCCACCAAGCUAGUUACUCAGACAUUCUGAUUGAGAGAGAGGUCUUAAUGCAGAAGUACAUUCAUCUAGUUCAAAUUGUAGAGACAGAAAAGAUUGCAGCCAAUCAGCUUCGACAUCAACUUGAAGAUCAAGAUACAGAAAUUGAAAGACUAAAAUCUGAGAUUGUAGCUCUCAAUAAAACUAAGGAACGAAUGCGACCUUAUCAAGGCAACCAGGAAGAUGAGGAUCCAGAUAUUAAAAAAAUUAAAAAGGUUCAGAGCUUUAUGCGAGGCUGGCUGUGCAGAAGAAAAUGGAAGACAAUUGUCCAAGAUUAUAUUUGUUCUCCACAUGCAGAAAGCAUGAGAAAGAGAAACCAGAUAGUUUUUAACAUGGUCGAGGCUGAAUCUGAAUAUGUGCACCAUCUUUACGUUCUUGUAAACUGUUUUCUCAGGCCCUUAAGAAUGGCUGCAAGUUCAAAGAAACCACCUAUUAGUCACGAUGAUGUUAGUAGCAUUUUCCUCAACAGUGAAACUAUAAUGUUUCUUCAUGAAAUAUUUCAUCAAGGAUUAAAAGCAAGAAUAGCUAAUUGGCCUACUUUAAUUUUAGCUGACUUAUUUGAUAUUUUGCUGCCCAUGCUGAACAUUUAUCAAGAAUUUGUUCGGAAUCACCAGUACAGUCUACAAGUACUGGCAAACUGUAAGCAAAACAGAGAUUUUGACAAACUCUUGAAGCAAUAUGAAGCCAACCCAGCAUGUGAGGGGCGAAUGCUGGAAACAUUCCUUACUUACCCUAUGUUUCAGAUUCCUAGAUAUAUUAUAACUCUUCAUGAACUUCUGGCUCACACACCCCAUGAACAUGUGGAAAGAAAGAGCCUUGAAUUUGCUAAAUCUAAACUAGAAGAACUUUCAAGGGUGAUGCAUGAUGAAGUGAGUGACACAGAAAAUAUCCGGAAAAAUUUAGCCAUAGAAAGAAUGAUAGUAGAAGGUUGUGAUAUAUUACUAGAUACCAGCCAAACUUUUAUACGUCAAGGUUCUCUUAUUCAAGUCCCUUCAGUUGAGAGGGGGAAACUUAGUAAAGUUCGCCUGGGAUCAUUGUCUUUGAAAAAAGAAGGAGAAAGACAAUGCUUCUUAUUUACAAAACACUUUUUAAUUUGUACAAGAAGUUCAGGAGGAAAACUGCAUCUGCUGAAGACAGGGGGUGUUCUCUCUUUAACAGAGUGCACGCUGAUUGAGGAGCCAGAUGUGAGUGAUGAUGAUACAAAAGGUUCUGGGCAAGUGUUUGGUCACCUUGAUUUCAAGAUUGUGGUUGAACCUACUGAUGCUCCUCCUUAUACUGUGGUACUGUUAGCUCCUUCACGACAGGAAAAGGCUGCGUGGACAAGUGAUAUAAGUCAGUGUGUUGACAAUAUAAGAUGCAAUGGUUUAAUGACCAUAGUGUUUGAAGAAAACUCUAAAGUCACUGUGCCACAUAUGAUCAAAUCUGAUGCUCGUCUUCAUAGAGAUGACACUGAUAUCUGCUUCAGCAAAACAUUAAAUUCCUGCAAAGUGCCCCAAAUUCGUUAUGCAAGUGUGGAACGCCUCUUGGAGAGAUUAACAGACUUGCGCUUUCUUAGUAUUGAUUUUCUUAAUACUUUCCUGCAUACUUACCGUAUAUUUACUACUGCAACCGUUGUACUGGAGAAACUCUCAGAUAUAUACAAAAGGCCUUUCACCUCCAUUCCAGUCAGGUCUUUGGAAUUGUUUUUUGCUACCAGUCAAAACAACAGAGGAGAACACCUGGCUGAUGGGAAGUCACCACAUCUUUGUCGCAAAUUCUCAUCUCCUCCUCCACUGUCACUCUCUAGAACUUCCUCACCUGUCAAAACCAGAAAACUCUCAUUGACUAAUUCACCACUGAACUCAAGAAUAGGGGCUUUAGAUCUCUCUACUUCCUCUGUUGCCAGCAGUCCUACCUCAAUUUACAGCCCAGCCACAUCCCCACCACCCACUGCUAGCAAAAUACCACUGGACCUCAGCAAGGGCCCCUCCUCCCCCGAGCAAAGUCCUGGAUCCAUAGAAGAGAAUUUAGAGAAUCCUCGCAUUGAUCUGUGUAACAAGCUAAGAAGAAGCAUUAGAAGAGCAGCAGUUCUAGAAUCUGUGUCAGUGGACAGGACAAUUCCUGAAAGCACCUCGACUGUCGAGACACCUGAUCUUUCCCCAUGUCGAUCCCCCUCAACUCCACGACAUCUCCGCUACCGUCAGCCAGGAGUACAGACUGCUGACAAUAGCCACUGUUCUGUUUCUCCUGCUUCUGCAUUUGCUAUUGCUACAGCUGCAGCAGGGCAUGGGAGUCCACCAGAAGGCAAUGUGGUUUGGAGGAAUGAGCACAUGGUUGGGAGUCAGAGGGUCCUAAAUUCUAGUCCUGGCUCUGCCACCAUGGGAUUUAACAACUCUGAACGAAUGUGUGACAAAGAGUUCAUAAUACGCAGAGCAGCCACUAAUCGUGUCCUGAAUGUCCUGCGUCACUGGGUCUCCAAACAUUCUCAGGAUUUUGAACUAAACAAUGAGAUGAAAAUGAAUGUUCUAAAUUUGCUGGAAGAAGUUUUGAGAGAUCCAGACCUUCUACCACAAGAAAGAAAAGCCACAGCAAACAUACUGAGGGCUCUUUCUCAGGAUGAUCAAGAUGAUACCCACUUAAAAAUAGAGGAUAUAAUUCAAAUGUCAGAAUGUCCAAAACCAGAGUGCUUUGAAACUUUGUCAGCCAUGGAGCUUGCAGAGCAAAUAACUCUCUUAGAUCACAUUGUGUUCAGAAGCAUACCCUAUGAAGAAUUUCUUGGGCAAGGCUGGAUGAAAUUGGAUAAAAAUGAAAGAACUCCGUACAUUAUGAAAACCAGCCAACAUUUUAAUGAUAUGAGUAACCUUGUUGCCUCGCAAAUUAUGAACUAUGCUGAUGUCGGUUCCCGUGCUAACUCAAUUGAGAAGUGGGUAGCAGUGGCGGACAUUUGUCGAUGUUUGCACAACUACAAUGGUGUGUUAGAAAUUACAUCAGCCUUCAACAGAAGUGCAAUCUACAGACUGAAGAAAACCUGGGCUAAAGUUUCUAAACAGACAAAAGCUCUCAUGGACAAACUUCAGAAGACUGUGUCAUCUGAGGGAAGAUUUAAAAACCUUAGAGAAACACUCAAAAAUUGUAAUCCCCCUGCAGUUCCCUAUCUUGGAAUGUACUUGACAGAUCUAGCAUUUAUUGAAGAAGGAACACCAAACUUCACUGAGGAAGGCCUUGUCAAUUUUUCCAAAAUGAGAAUGAUAUCUCAUAUUAUCAGGGAGAUACGCCAGUUCCAGCAGACCUCCUAUCGUAUAGAACAUCAACAAAAGGUUACUCAUUACUUACUCGACAAGACCCUCAUCAUAGAUGAGGAUACUCUGUAUGAGUUAUCCCUAAAGAUUGAACCCAGACUCCCUGCCUGAAGAAUGAGCUUCGUCCCAGAGUUGACAGAGUUUUAGUGUAAUGAACACAAUUAUGCAUGCCAUGCCCUACAGACCACAAGGGGACAGAUUGAGAAGAUUGCAAACUCUCUUUUCCAAUAAGGGAGACAGAGCCUCACAGAAAUUCCCUCUCAGACAAGGAAAAUCAGCUCCUGGAGGGGAAAGACAAAAUGCUUCAGACUUGAGAGUUAAAUGAUUGUUACUUUGCAAAGAUAAUGUUUUGCCAAAAGGACUACGCAUCUAAUAGAAAACAGAAGCCUUUCAUGAGAAUAGCUACUCAUUGCAGCCAUCCUAAUGGGGCAGACAAGGGGACAAAUUUAAAUGUAGGUACAGUAUUCUGUUAGAUUAGGAGAAAUGGACAAAUGCAGAUGGCAUUGAUCUGGCACAGGUUGCUUAUCAAAUGUGUAUCUAUUGAGGCAUUCAUCGGAUUAAUUCACUCUCAUUAUACUGUAUUCAUUGCAAACAAUAGGAGCUUAAGAGUCAUUUACUAACCUGCAGUGAUAGCAGGAUAAUAUCUAAGAACUUUAGCUACAGCAUAUGCUGUUCAAAGUAUUUGGUAUAAAUUAGAUGUUUUCAUUUAUAGAAUAUUAAGGUCUUAAAAUAUGUUAUCAGCCUUUUCUAAGGUGGGAGGUUUUACAUGCUACAAAUGAACUAACUUAACUUUGUAAAUAUUGUUUUCACCAAUACAUGAUGAGGAGUUUUACAAUGUGGAAAAUAAUGAACUGUGUUAAUAGUUGCAGGCCAUGGGAGCAUCAGCUGGAAUAUCUGAGUUUAGGAGCUAUAUUUGGAAUUGGUUGGCCCAGAUUCAUGAACAUAUCAUGAGUGAGAUACUUGGUCAUUUAGCACAUCGUCUCCUGAGAAAGGCACUCUGAUUGUCUGUACCUACAGCAUCCCUGACAGUUCAGUGACUAUAAAGCACCUGUUGCACACACUGGGGGAGGAAUGCUUGCCUGGUUUGGCAAUGGAUAAUGCUCAUCAAUGAAGAGAGCAGGAUUAACUAUUUUAUUUUACCUUAAAUGAAUUGUUUUAAAAGCAUUAUUUUUUUGCUCAGCUGAUCAAUUCUAAAAUCUUUUUUCUACAGUGAAGUUUGACUGUCAGGAAACAGGAAAUAUAAUUUUAUUUGGGGAAGUUAGCAUCUGCAUAUGAGUGUCUGCUAGAGAAAAUAUGCUAUUUGUAACUGUUUUUAAAACCCAUGCUACUGUGUGAUUCUGGGUAGAAUCCAUUUCUGCAAAUGUAUGGUUCUUCAUACAGUUUCCUGAUAGUGACCUAUUGUAGCUGCAUGGAAGAUGAGCUCAAAAUGCAUGCUAUACAGUAUAUCAUAAAACCAAAUGCAGGUAUUAGCACUGUUGAAUAACUAGUCCGGGGAAGUGUUCUUACUUUUCCAGUGAUUAUCAGCCAGUUGAAGAAAUAGGGCUAUAUCAUUUGUUUACCUCCCGUAAAUCUUCUCAGGGAGAUAGAUGUUUAAAAAAGAUUGUGACCUGAGCCUAUUUGAUCUGACAUUUCUUACCACACUUGUGAAGUUUCUGAAUGUUAACAAUGAAAAUGGAUCUGCCUGGCUUAUGGUUUUUGUCUUUAUUUGCACUUUAAUUACAUUAUUAGCCCAGCCAAGAGCUUCACAAUAAAUUCCAUUUGUUCUAAGUGUAAACACUAGGAUUUAUAAAUGUACCUUAGUAGGCCAUCUUUGUAAAUAACUGCAUGAGUAAAUAUCAAAGAAAUACUGGUAAAUUCCUCAUUAAAGAAAAGAAACAGGGAAACUUCCAGAAGUAUUUUUAAAUAGUUCUGAUUAAUGAAUGCUGUAAAAGUGAACAUGGAAAGUGUUAAUUAUAGGUGCUUUUUAUUUUUUCAAAAAGUUGCUUGUUCUUUUCAGUAGUGACUGAUAAGAAGCUGAUUGUAUCCUGACGCAUGAUAAAUAAGAAGCAUGGGUUAUUUGGACCAUAAAGCUAACUUACUAUGUGCUUUCUGUGUAUUCAUAAUACAAAAAGAAUUGCCAUAAGUCAAUUGCAUAAAACGCCUAAAGGUCACACAGUGGAAAAUAGAAGCAGUAAAACUAGUCUUAAAAGCAAGACCCUAGCUGACCUUUAUUUUAUCUCUGUUCACACAAAACAUGUAAACAACUGUAAGUGUCCUAACAGACCUUUGUGGCACAACCUGUUGGCCGCUACUUCAUCUUUCUGUAUACCAUUUUGCCAUAGCUGCUUUGUAGAUCUGGGGAUCUCUCAUCAGUCAUGCUCUUAAGGUGCAGGCAAGGGUUCUUCUAGGUGUCCACCUCAUUAUCCUAAUUUUAUCACUUUUUUUUACACACACUAUGUACAUCUAGACUAAGUUUGUUGCUAUGUUGCUACAAAUAUUGUCAUAAAUUAUAUACCACCAAUAUAUAGCACUUUACAGUUUCAAAAUUUUCAACAACUAAUUAAUCCUCACAAAACCAGUUGGAGGACAGGAGAUAAGUGGUUGUCUCCCCAUUUUACAGAUGGAGAAACUAAGAUACAGUGGUUAAGGAUGCUGAGCACCCACAACGUCUCUGGAAAUCAAUAGGUGGUGUGGUCGCUCAGCACCUCUGAAACGUCAGAUCCGAAGUGAUUUAUCCACAGUCAGUAGUAGAGCUGGGAUUAGACUCUCUGAAGUACUUGGAUCCUAGUCCUGUCUUCCCACACCAGAAAAUGAUGCCGACAUAUAUAAAGCACUGCAAUAACUUGCCUAGGGAGGUUGUGGAAUCUCCAUCAUUGGAGAUUUUUAAGACCAGGUUAGACAAACACCUGUCAGGGAUGGUCUAGAUCAGGGGUCUCAAACUCAAAUGACCACAAGGACCACAUGAGGACUAGUGCAUUGGCCUGAGGGCUGCAUCACUGACACCCCCCCUCGCUGCCCCCGGCCCCACCCCCACUCCACCCCUUCCCUGAGGCCCCGCCCCUGCCCCGUCUCUUCUCCACUUCCUCCCCUGAGCGCGCGGCUCCCUGCUCCUCCCCCCGCCCUCCUGGAAAGUGCUAAGCGCCACCAACAGUAAUGCACCUCACUCAAAGGACAAAACAUGCACUUAGUUAGAUUUACUUCUGUUAAAGCCCCCCCCACACACACUGCACUGGGCUGCACCACCACUCCACCUCUGAUCUGCAGGGGUGAGAGCUGUGGAUGAGGGGUUUGGGGCAUUGGAGAGGCUCAGGACUAGGGCGGAAGGGCAAUCUGCCCUGGCCAUAGUGGAGGGGGGCACUAGGACCCUGCUGCAGGCUCCGGGGCAGUGAAGGGGCAGCAAGUGAGCUCAGGGGGCACUCGGGGGAGACACGCAGGGGUUGCAGGUGGGGCCGGGGGAGCAACCCAGCCCCAAACAUUGGGGAGCAGCGAGCAGGGAGCUUAGCUGCCACAUAAAAUAACUUGGGAUGGGGGGUGCGGGGAACUUGGCGGGCCGCAGGGAAGAGCUCUGCAGGCCGCAUGUUUGAGACCCCUGGUCUAGAUAAUACUCAGUCCUGCCAUGAGUGCAGGGAAGUGGACUAGAUGACCUCUUGAGGUCCGUUUCAGUCCUACAAUUCUAUGAAAUCUAGAUGGAUUGCUAAUGGAAUAUAUUUCUUAAAAUACCAGGGAUGACUAAACAAAGAGGUGCCCGAGUACCUGGGUUUUAUGCAGCAGUCCUGCACGGGCUGUGGGAUGGUAUCCUUCCCAUAAGAUGAACCAAAUGCAUCUAGCAGCUGUGAGCCACUCUACUGUUGCUGCAGUCUCUGUAAUAUAGUGAUUGCCAGAAGCCUCCAAUGUGCUCCCUAAAUGGGGGUUUUGGCAAGUGCAUCUACAUAAUUUACCCAACUUUUCUGUGAAUCUUCCCACCUCAGUGUCCCACAGUGCACAAGCAAUGUGGAGUUCCCCUGUGUGGUUUCUCUGUGCCCUCACCCCACAUGCUGAAUGAAGUGGUGGUUCGUCUGCAGUUUUGGCCUUGCACCACAGAGGAGAAGUUGGGGACAUGCUUUGCUCCUGUAUGUAUUUGCAAGCCUCAUGGAUCAAUCCUGCUCACCUCAUUCACAUAUAGUCCUCCUGACUUCAGUGGUGCUACCUGUGCAGAGGACAGAUUUAGCCCCUCUUUUGCAACUAUGGAAAAUUUGCCCCCCAACCUCCCAUAGUUAUUUUGGUGAAUCAAACAUAAAAAUCGUACCCUGCUUCAACAUGAAAUGGACCAUGGACGUGUAACACAUUUCUUUGGGAACGGGGAUAUAAAUAGUAACUGUAAAAUACCAAAUAUUUGUUAUUGGUAUAUUAUAGAAUCUCCAAAUAGUGUAAAUACAUUCAUCUGGCACUAGGCCAGAGUAUGCCCACCUGUUCCAGGGGUACACAAGGGGGAGGAGAGAGUCCAAGAGCCUUCCCUCCUGCCCUGUACAAUAGUUGGAUACAAUCACAGCCCCUACACUCCUGCAGGUGCACGGACUGCUCCUUCCUAUCAUCCCCUGCAUACAAGAUACCCCAAAGGGGAUGGGCAGGAGGCAGAGCUGGCUGGAUACACAAGAAAUGGUAUAAUUCACCCUCUGAAGGGGCACACUCCCCAGUAAGGUCUGGGGGAGUUCUACCUCAACGCUCCCUGGCCUGGUGCUCUCUAUGCGGGCCAGUGCCUGUAAGUGUGACUGAGCCCAUGAUUGAGCACAAAGGAGAAGUAAAUAGACCUGUUUCAUUUGCAGUCAAAUUGCAUAUUAAUUAUAUCAUUUUUCUUCAGCAAUUCCAAUAACACAUUAAGUGUGUAAGCUUGUAAUGACUGAUAUUCCUGGGACUGAUGAAAAUGUUACCAUUAUUGAAAAACAAAACAACCCCCUAUCCUCUACUUUUUAUUUCUAUAGUCCUUAAAAUCUAUAGUUAUUUUAUAGGUUAAAAUGAAACUCCUGAAUUGUUUAUUUAAAGUAUUUAUUAACUUUUAUUGUGUCAGUUUUGAUUUCAGUAGAUAUUCAUGAUCUCGGAUUUUCCUAAAUAAUCAUAUUUAUUUGAAUUUUUUUUUUAAAUUUUUUAUUUGAAUGAAGCUUUAAUGUUUCCACUUUUUAUCCUCCUCAGUUACAUGAUAAGUAAAUACAUGGUUUAAAAUUGAUUAAAGACAUUUGUUACUAUUCAUCAUUUCUAUUAAUUAAGGCCCAAAGCCUGCAGUCCUUAUUCAGUCAAAAAUCUCAUGGACUUCAAUAGGAGUUUUUCUUAAGUAAGAACUUCAGGAUUUAGCCCUUACUGCCUAUCAGCCACUUGCCACUUUCAGUUUUUUGGCUCCAAAAGGUCACAUGUCCCGAUGUAUUACAGUUUUCAUGCUCACUUUUGGUUGUUUCAUUGGACCUUUCCUUCUGCAAUAGUCUGAAGUUUUGUUCUUUAGGUGAAAGAUACGUGUAUUUAUUUGACAGAUGUAUUAAUAUCUAUCUCAUCAUGUUAAUGCACACCCAGCUGUUUUUGCAUGUACUGUAACUGCUCUUUUGACACCCAGUUAUUGCUUUGAAUUGUUAGUAAGGCAUAUCAGGCAGGGCAUUGUGCACAUAUGCAAAUUAAAGAUUUUCUUUUUCUGAAUUCCAAA